UUGCUCGUCGGUCUUCAUCAGAAGAAAACGAAUUCGAUAUGCCGUUCAAGGAAGAGGCUGGAUGGAAAAACUGCUAUCGUUACCGGCGGGACUUUGGGUAUGGGUCUGAAUGUAGCCAACGACUUCGCUGAUCGUGGAGCGAGGGUCAUCAUAGCCUGCCCCUUCCAAACUGAAGGAAAAAACGCCCAGAGGCUCAUCGAAGAAGAGACGGGAAAUAAACAAGUUAUAUUCAAAUUGCUCGACCUAUCGUCAUUUAAGUCGGUGCGAGAUUUCGCCGCUGACAUAAUCAGUAGUGAAGACAGACUGGACAUUUUAGUGAACAAUGCCGGCGUCGGCUACAUAGAAGACGAUAUUACCAAAGAUGGACUAAAUGUAAUGUUGCAAAUUAAUUACUAUGGACAUUUUCUUUUAACGUUGUUACUGUUGCCCCUUCUCAAAAAAACGGGCACUCAAUCGGAACCAGCCAGGAUAGUGAACGUGUCAUCACUAUUACAUUACUUGGGUACAAUGAAUGCGUGUUAUAUAAAACGUUCGAAGUUGUUGUACGCGUUGCAACUGUAUUCAGAUAGCAAAUUUUUCUUAAUGUUAUUCACGCGUGAGUUAUCCAAGAAAUUGAGUUAUUCUAACGUUGUAGUGAAUUGUGUGGAUCCUGGCGCUGUUGGGACUGAUAUAUUUAAGCAUAUAGGAUUUGUGUGGGGGGCUCUCAUACGAUUCUUUUUCUCCACGAUCUUCAAAACACCCUGGGAAGGAGCACAAACUACGAUUCACGUGGCUUUGGAUAGGAAGGCUGGCGAUAUAAGUGGUCGGAUGUUCAAAAAUUGUCAAGUGUCAUAUGCAAAACAAGCGGCAUUUUGUGAAAUAAACGGUAAACGAUUAUGGGAAGAUUCAAUUAAGCUCGUCAAACUCACUGAAGUGGAACUUAAACAAUGUCUUUACACAUGA